ACUUCAAAUUAGGGUUAGGGUGGAACAAUACUAUAUAAACAAGAAACCCGCCGUCCUCUAGGGUUUCUCGUCUGAUCCAGAGGAGCGGUGGAGCAAUGGCCAGGAUUAAGGUUCACGAACUUCGACAGAAGUCGAAGACGGAGCUUCUGAACCAGCUUAAUGACCUGAAGGCAGAGCUCGCUCUUCUCCGUGUCGCAAAGGUCACUGGUGGAGCCCCAAACAAGCUCUCAAAGAUCAAGGUGGUGAGGCUUUCGAUCGCGCAAGUGCUGACGGUGAUAUCCCAGAAGCAGAAGGCGGCGCUGAGGGAGGCUUACAGAAAGAAGAAGUUCAUCCCGCUUGAUCUGAGGCCGAAGAAAACCCGCGCGAUAAGGCGCAAGCUUACCAAGCGUCAGGCGUCACUGAAGACUGAGCGGCAGAAGAAAAAGGAGAUGUAUUUUCCGCUGAGGAAAUAUGCCAUCAAAGCUUAGAAAUUUGUGCCAUGCUCUCAUUUUGAUGCAAUCUUGUCUUUUU